CGUGAUCAGCAGGCAGUGCUAUUGCAGAAGAUUUUCCACUUGACGUCAUCCCCGAAUUUGUUUUCAAAAAUCCUUUUUUGGAAUUGGGUAAUUCUUUGGUGGUCCUUCAGCGAAAAUCGAUAAUUUGGCAGCCAUCGUCGCUUCCGCCCCGGUUAUACAAGAACCCAUCCUUGCCGAUUUGUUUGAAUUACAGAAGAAAAACCGAAGUUUGGCUGAGGCUCGGUCUGUUCUCAUUUCUGCCAUAACACGUCUUCCCUCGUGAUGCCAAGCCACUAAUCACAAGCAAAGUGCGUAAUCAUUCAGAUUCACACUCACAUUUCCUAAACUGAAAUUAGAAACAAAACAAAAUGUUAAUCAGUAAUACGCAAGACUUCCUCGUCUUUGGGUGCUGUACAAGAAGGUCGGCGGUGCGGGGACCAUCAAGCAUGGUUAGACAGUCAAAAUCAAAUCAAAUGCCUUAUAUCCAUCGGCGGAGGUCCUAGCGUGCGACGAUCUUUGAAACGAAGAUCUUGAAGCUACGAUCUUGAAGUGAGAAGAAGGUGUACAAGGAAGGUCAGCCAAUCGGAAGUUGAAACGCCCAACAAAUUUGGGUGUGACUGCCAAGUAGGAGUGGGUGUUGGCCUUUCGUCUCAUGACCUUAUUAAUAAUAAUAUUUAUACCCUUUUCUGGUACGAGAUUGAUGUCUUUCUUCCGAUUAAUGCUUAUUUCAAGGUGAUCCCGUACACUGAUUUGUCGUUUUUUUGUUUUACCUGUUUAAUUACCAUUGCCAACCUGUCGCGGAUGGUUUACACCAGUUUACGCAACACGCUUAUGGUGUUUGCCUUUCUCUUUUUCGAAUGUAGAACUGUACUAAGGUUUUUUUCUUUUUCCGUUGAAGGGUGACAACCAACCAACAUCUCUUUCAUGAGAGAACGAAAAACGAUGUGGGAGCAAGAGUGGACUGGCUAGUCUAUAUAAACCUCCUUUGGCUGUGGACGGGUCCAUCGAGUGUUCAACUGAAGAACGAAUUCCAACCGGAUAUUUUGACGUAACAAGUAUUUUGUACAGAUAUUUUGUACAGACAUUUUGACGUAACAGUGGUUUGUUACUCUUCACUCAUCAAGCACGAAAGAUUGCAGUUAAUUAAACAGAGACAGAGUUUGUUUCGCCAUAACAAAGAGUCUAGGGAAAGCCCCUGACAAACCCGUUAUUGUUAAAAGAACACGAAGCAUUUAAGGAAAUGUUUGCUUCAGCUAUAAUAUUUGCAGCUGCUGUCCCACUGGUAUUGGCAAACAACGCGCCAACCUAUUCUAGUGAUGUCUCCAGUACGGCCGACAAUUCGUGUGAGAAUUAUCCUCCGCUUAGUGGUGCAAAAGUUCCACAAAAUGGAAAACCGUCUAAUUCUUCUUAUCCUGAUGAUGGCUGUGGAGACUAUUCUGUCCGAUUUAAGGGCGAUGGAUACUGUUAUUCACUUCUGAAGAAAGGACCUUGUGAGAAUGUGUUAUUUUGGAUUACGGUCGACCCGUAUACUUACGAGGGAAUAUGCACUCCUCGCCUUUGUGGCAGAGAAAAAGUGUUCGUCGGUCGAGAUGGUCUUUGUCACGAUAUUUACGAUACUAAAGAGUGUCGUGGAGGUAGGCGUCUUUAUUACUCGGCUUACGGAGAUCCAAUUUGUGAUUGUCCUAUUGGGCAAUAUCCAUUCCCAUCGGAAGAAGACGAUUGCGUUCCUUUAUUUACCCAAGGGCCGUGUCCAACCAAUCAGGUUGUAUCCGUUAGUUCAUCUGGUAAAUUAGAGUGUUUCCCCAACACUUGUCAACUUGUUGAUAGAUAUCAGGACUGCCUCCUGCAAUUGGUCCCAGUUAAACAAUCAAGAAUAAGUAACGAUGACAACGGCGAUGAAUAUGGAUACUGCUAUGGGUUAGGCACUCGUGGACCUUGCUCACCUUCUGAACUUUUUGGUUACAACAUCUUUCACUGUCAGGGAGAGUGUGUUGACAUGGAUGACCCUAGAACGCCUUACUUUUCUUCUCCGGAAGAGAAUGCAAUUUUAGAUGAUGUCUUUGAUCGGGCCGCAAACGAACCCAUAAAAACAAAGAAUAACAAAAACAAGUAGAAUUCCAACAUCUCUCCUAAAUCCCUGUCAACCUGGCGGUCGAAACGGAAAUAAUUUCAAGUGUGCAAAUCCUUUGGUUCCUAGUAGACCCAUACGUGACGUUAGUAAGCCUGUCAGUCCUGCUUUCGGUUGCCGACCAAAUGAUUUCUUGCGAGCUACUGGACAAUGCGGUAGCAACCGUGGGCCAGCUAGCUGCGGACCUUCUUACAAAUUCAUCAAAGCUACAAACCAAUGUAGACCAAUUCGCUUUUGAAUUAAAUUCGCUUUGUAAUUAAAGAUAAUCCUGAAAUUCAACACAACUAAUUU